AUGGCACUGGAAAAGGGCGACACCGAAAGGGCGGAAGCGAUUUUAUUGAUGGGUUUGAAGAUUUCCGACGACAAUAAGGUUUUCUUAGGGAUGCCUUACAUGUACGAUAUCUUAGCGAGUAUUGCCCUUGCGCAAGGUAACAUUGGAAAAGCCGAGGCUCUUUUAGAUAACGCAAUCGAGAAAAUGACCCAAAUUGGUCUACCCGAAGACGACCACCAUGCCAUAGAUUUUAAGUUACGAUUGGCGCGAAUUUACAGCGCGUUUAAGGACAACGACUUUGCCGAGAUCGGGUUUAAAACGUGCCUGGAAGCGCAAAAACGGAAGAUAACAAAUGGGGAUACGAGCACUCGGACGGGAAUGUUAUACGUCAACGUGCUCUUCUGGUACGGCGUCCAUAUGAUACGAAAUCAGCAGUACCAAGACGCGAAGAGUACCUUGGACAUAGCGUACCAGUACUCAACUAAAAUCAAAGGGUUAUCACCUUACCAAGAGUUGGUUAUCUUGUACACUUUGUCGGAUCUAAAUUCUGCUUUGGGACAUUUGGAUGUUGCGUUAGAAAGUAUGCUUAACGCAGUACUACUAGGAAAAGGGAUAAGCAGUCUAGAUUUACCAAGAUGUUAUGCAAGGUUAGCGAGAAUCUAUAUCAAAAUGGAAGCGUACGAACAAGCGAAGGAAUCUGCCUUGGAAGCCCAAAAAUUGGCGUUGUUAUUUGAUUAUCUAGAUAUCGCUCAGGAGGCAGGCUUGCUCCUGGACGAAAUAACUCGGAAAGGAAAGUGA